UUUUUUUUUUUUUUUGGUUCUCCCUUCUUUCUUUUUUUUUUUCUUCUUUUUCUUGGUCUUCCUUUCUUUAGUUUUGACCGAAGAAGGGGAAGCAAACAAUAAAAUAACAAGCACCAUUACAAAGAAUACUCUUUUCAUUAUUGCUUGUAAAUUGUAUCUUCCCUCUAUCCUUUUUCUUUAAUUUUCUUCUUUUACAUCUCUCUUUCCACACUACAACAGUUAACAACAAAGACAACAACGGCAGCAACGGACUACAACGGGUAACAGCGGCAAUAGUAUGAAUUACGACAAUAUCAUGAAGAAGGACUUAUUGAGAACCAAAUGUGACGAUGUUCUUGGUUCUAUGCAGUCUAGAGUACCUUUUGCUUUCAAAGGGUAUCCUUCCUAUGCAACUUUCCAACCACCUCCAAUUUCUUCUGAUAUGGACGGCUCUAGUGGUGAUACUCCUACUUUUGACAAACGAAACUGGGUUCCCGUUCCUUCUUCCAAUAAACUGGAUCGUCAAGCUCUCAAGACAAAACAUCACUUUGUUGCUGAUCCUGAAUGGUUACCUCCUGUGCAAACUCCUCAACAUCGUGUACCUCGUCCUCGUAGUCGUGGUGUCAAGUUACGGUCAGUAGAAGCCAUUGUCAAUGAUAAUCAACGUCAAAGGGCUUUAUCAAGUGAAGAACGUACUGCUUAUAUGACAGCCAGGACACCACCUCAGCAACAACCACCUGCACAACGACCACCGCCUCCACCUCCAAAAUCUAAAAUGCUUGAUAUUCUCAAUGAAAUCAAGGCUGUCAGUCGCCCUUCUUCAUCGAGUUCUCCUUCUUCUGUCAAAUCCUCUCUUACUCCAACAGCAACAGCUUCUCAAAAUGGAACCAAGAAAACUCCUCAACCAUCCACACCAAAUAAAAAGAUGGAAUCUCAUCAGGUUUUCAAGAAACCAGGUCAUCCUUCCACUGCAACACCUCCACCUCCAACUGCUGUUGCUUCUAAUGUUGUUACUGCUUCAUCCACUCCUCGUUCUACUUCUCGCCAAUCUGCAGGAGAAAAACAAUUAUCUACGAAAUCAGCAAAAUCCAAAUCAAAUGAUACGACUUUGGAUCUCUUUCUUACCAAACAGUAUCUACUUAAUGAUAUGGAGGAUCCUGCUGCUACUCGACACAUUGAAGAUCUUGCCAGGUUGAAUGUGAUCAAGAAACGUCCCAUCUUACGAGUCCGUAUUCUUCUGAAAAAAUCCGAUCCGUCAAAUGAUAUCAAGUCCAAAGAUAAUAGCAAGAAGUCCAAAAAUGAUACCCAACCUACUCAAAUAACUCAAAAUGAUACGGCAACGUUUAAUUUACCAACUGGUACGAUUCCAACUGAAUUUAUUCGAUCCAUUAAAAUACGGAAAAAGGUGAAAUCUGACCAAGUGACUCCAGUAACAACAACAAUGCCUAAAUCUACCAAGUCUCAUAUCAUCGAAUUAGAAGAAGGGGAAACAAUUAGUCCAUCACCAUCUCCAAGGCGGCCAUCAAGUACAUCACCUGAACGUGCUACUGCGAAAUUGGCGAACAAAAGACAACGUGAAGACCGUGACCAUACGACGACGACAACAACAACAACCGAUAGCCAGUCCAGACGAAGUAAAAUAUCAAGGAAAGAAACAUCAUCAUCUUUAUCUUCAAAACACAACAGCAACGAGGAUGAUCGACAGCACGAUUCUAACAUUGGAUCAAGAUCAACAACAAGAAAGGAUAAACAUCAUAGUAAUGAUGACGAUCGACGUUCUUCUUCAUCUAGUAGCAAGCGACAAGAACGUAGCGGGGACGAUUCCAGUGAUAAACGUCGAUCUAGACGGGAAAGUAGCAGUAAAUAUUCUCGAGAUGAUGAAUACACCAGCAGCAGCAGCAGCAAAUAUCGAUCAUCACAACGAUCAUCUUCUUCGCGUCGUCAUAGGUCAUCUCGGUCAAGGUCUAGAUCUCGGUCUCCUCUUCGACGGUCUUCAUCUUCUUCUUCCAAUACUCAAUCAUCAUCAUCAUUGGAAAGAUCAAGGCGGCACACUUCCAAUACAACUACUACCUCAUCAACAACAUCAACAAAAGAAUCACAUAGAUCUUCAAAAGAAAAACCAACAUCUUCCCAUACGAGCGAUUCUACAUCAGCAUUGAAGGAAAUGCCUAUGAAAAACACAAUAGCAUCAAUACCAUCAUCAACUUCGUCAUCAUCAUCAUCACCUGCGAUGAUCACCAAAGAUCUGACAAAAGGAAACAGUUAUAAUGCCACUACGCCCAUCGUUUCACCAGCAGCAGUGACAACAGUGAAGCAAAUGACACCAAAAACAGCCAUUGUGGAAAAUCAAAAGCAAUAUCAUCCAGCAACUGCAGAAAAUGCCGAAACACCUGAUCAAUAUAGGAUAUUCUCUAUGAUGUUCCAAAAGUUAGCACUGGCUUAUAAACGACGGGGUGAUCAUGCAAAGACGGAAAUUGCCGGCGUAUUAGAUCAUAUGCAAGCGUUUUUAAAUUAUGUGAUGGGAUUCCAUUAUCAAGACAAACUUAGUAAUGAUCUUGGACAAAAGAGUUGGGAUACACUUCACCCGUUCAUUGAUGUGGUACUCAAGAAACUUCGCGCUCGAAAGGACAAAGUCAAACAGGAUGCGGAAUUAUAUGGACUCUGUCUACGUAUGAAGGCAUUGGUUCUGUUUUAUACAUUCAGUCGACGUGAAAUGAAUGCACGGAUCAAGGUCACACGAUUAGGUGAAAAAUCAACGGAUAUGGAUGAUACACGACGGAUGGAAUACAGUAAAUCGGUGGAUAAGGUACUGCAGGAUCAUGAAAUGGCAUAUGCGGCAUUACGUGAAUCGGACAAGUAUAUAGCAUUUGAUCAUAUUCAAAGUCAAUUCCCGGUGUCUUAUCAAAAUGUAUGUGUACUUGGUCAAUUGGGUCCUGGGAUUGUUCUUGGUGGUGAAGCUGGCACUUCGGUGGGUCCCAUGUUUCCCUUGGUACCCUAUGCUCGUCUUCAUCAUGCUGCUAUCAUGGCCAAAUGUAUGUUACAAGAAUAUGUGGAGAAAGAACAACUGGAUUAUCAUACUAUCACCGAAACAGAAGAUUAUAUGUAGUAGUAGUAGUUUUUUUUUUUUUUUUUUUAUUU